CACCGCCACCACAAAUAAUUGAAAAUGUACCAAUUGAUGAAUCAAAAGAUGCUAGUGAUAAUUCACAAAAGAUGUCUAAAGCUGCAAAUAGAUUAUCAAAUUCAUCACGAUAUAAACCAUCUUUAUCGCCCGUAUUUGAAAUUAGGAGUCCGAAGCAUUCAUCACUUUUGAAUCGUUCCAAUUCGCUACCAAAUUUAAAUGACCCUGAAGAUUUAAUGAGAAAUGAAUCGACCUUAGCUCCACCUGUACCAUUAAUUCCAGCAGGCUUAUAUCCUGAUAAUAAUAAUAAGUCAAAGGUAUCUAAAUCACAACCAUCAAAGAUAAAUCUAAGCAGUGCUGAUAAGCUCGCAAGGUUUAUUGAUGCAUAUGGUAAUAAGGAUUAUAAUAGGAAACCGGAAAACCUUCAAUACAAUUAUUCAGAUAAUCAUAAUGGUUGGAACACGCAUGAAAAUGAUGAUUAUGUUUUCGAUCAUAGAAGACCAAAAUCGGCUCAUUCAGUAGGUGGUGAAGCUCGUCCUAAAUCUUCGGUUUCUUCAAUAUUUGGUGAAGAUAGCUAUUAUAGUAAUCAUUAUUAUUAUGAACCAUCAUCAAAUUACGAAAAUCAAGGAGCGAUGAAUAAUCAAACUUAUCAUCAAAAUUUAGGUCAAAUAACACCCGCAGAAUAUAAUAAUGGAGGAAAGUUUGUUCAAAAAAUUCCUUCUUAUUAG